AUGGGUCCCGUCAUGCUGCCCAGUAAGAAGGCGGGCGCCAGCGGAGCGGGCGUGAGCCUCAGCCAGCCCCCCCCGAGCGGCGCGCUGUCCCGGGGCCUGGGGGGGGCAGAGGACCCGGGGCCGCCCCCCGCCGUCAGGCCCGAGAAGGGGGGGCUGGAGGACGAGGAGCUGACCAACCUCAACUGGCUCCACGAGAGCAUGGAUCUGCUGAACAGCUUCGGAGACCCCGUGCUGCGCAGCGUGAGCCCGGUGGGGGGGGGGCCCGGGGGCGGGGGGGGCAGGCGGAGGCGGGAUUCAUGCCUCCGCAUGGGCGUCGACGGGGACGACGACGGCGGUGGCGACGGCGGCGGUGGCGGCCCCGACGGGCCCGCCGCCCCAGAGGCGGCGGGGCGGCCCGGCCCCGACUGCAAGCCGCCCUACUCCUUCAGCUGCCUCAUCUUCAUGGCCGUGGAGCAGGCCCCUGACAAGAGGCUGCCCGUCAAGGAUAUCUACGGCUGGAUCCUGCAGCACUUCCCCUACUUCGCCGGCGCCCCCGCUGGCUGGAAGAACUCGGUGCGCCACAACCUGUCACUCAACAAGUGCUUCAAGAAGGUGGACAAGGAGCGCGGCCAGAGUGUGGGAAAGGGCUCCUUAUGGUGCAUAGAUCCUGAGUACAGACAGAAUCUGAUCCAGGCACUGAAGAAGACGCCCUUCCACUCCCACUCCCAGCUCUUCUCUGCCUCCACCACCUCGACAGAGGCCUUCCAGAGUAUCUCCGGUCCUCAGAUGUGGCAGAGCACUCCGUUCUACAGGAGAAAUGGGGAAGUUCUGCUACAAGUCCCUCAGGGCGUGAUCCAGAACGGAGCCCGGAUCAGUCAGGGUCUGUUCCCGGGAAUCCUUCCCCUCCCGGGCAGCCCGUCGGGCGGCAGGACCGCCAUCAGGUCAGUAUUUUCAGGUUGUCGAAAGCGAAGUGACAGCGAGCCUUCCUGCGACUCCCCAUUGGUCAGCAGCGACCCCAAGGAGGACCACACCUACAGCACCGCCCAAUCAGACGAGGGCAGUGACUCCAGUCUGCCCGGCAAUGGGGGCAGCGACUCCGACGAGGACGACAAGAGCAGGAUCAAGAAGGAGCCCAGCGAUUGGCCCCUAGACCCUGCAUCCUGCCAACUUCCCCAUCUCAAGAAACGGCAUCACUUCCUGAAGAGCAAGCUGCGGCUGGCCGGUGACUCUCUGCCACUGAAAAAGCGACGUACGGAGAAGCCGCCGGAGAGCGACGAAGACGAGGAGAUGAAGGAGGCGGCUGGCUCGUUGCUCCACCUGGCGGGUGUGAGGGCCUGCUUGAACAAUAUCACAAACCGGACAACGAAGGGACAGAAAGAGCCCGCCAAAAACUAACUGGGCCACUUGACUCAAGAGCCCGUCACAAUACCUCCAGUCUGAGCUGAGGGUGGAGGCAGCAUCACUUUAGAUCAUUGGUGAGGACCAGUACAUCAGGUGACUCAUAAUGAGACCUCCACUCUGAGCUGAGGGUGGAGGCAGCAUCACUUUAGAUCAUUGGACUGGACCAGGACAUCAGGUGACUCAUAAUGAGACCUCCAGACAGAGCUGAGGGUGGAGGCAGCAUCAUUUUAGAUCAUUGGACUGGACCAGGACAUCAGGUGACUCAUAAUGAGACCUCCAGACUGAGCUGAGGGUGGAGGCAGCAUCAUUUUAGAUCAUUGUGUGGACCAGGACAUCAGGUGACUCAUAAGGAUUUGUUGCAAUACCAAACCAUCCCUUCCAUUAACCAACCUACAAGGAUCCUUUACCAGGGUCACUUUCAUUUUUCUUCUUUUUUUUGUCUUGUCAAACAGGAGACUAAAGCCAUGACUAAACUUUCUCUAAUUUCGUUAACUUUGCAGUUAUUUACAGGUUUCUUUAGUCAAAGGUCCUUGUAAAAGUGAUUUAGGAUCCUUAAUUUGAAACAUUCUAACCGUCAUACCUAAACAAAUUGAAAUGCACAAUGCCCGUCACAAUUCCCAUCAUAAACACAGACUUAGUAAUUCCCACUUUCUCAAAAAUAGUAAUUUUAGAGUACAGAACCCUACAACAUUACUCCCUGUCAAAAUUAGUAUUACUAUUAGUUCAGCUGCAAUUGAUUUAAAGUGUAAGUCAGGCGAAAUUGAACUCAGGGUCUUUUUCUGCAUGAAAACAGAUCAAAUAAGCCGUCAAGAUAUUUUGUUGAUCAAUGCACUGCUCAAAUGGCUAACAGUGCAUUAAUAAUCAUAAUAUGUUUAUUUUAUUUAGAGCCUUUCUCACACUCAAGGUCGCUUUACAGUGUCAUGAGCACACACAGAACAAGACAAAAAACAACACUAAUAAAAAUUAAAUUAAAAAUAAAUAAUACACACAGAGGGUCUAUGCAGUUGUGGUAAAGAGCCAAACAGAAAGGUAUUGAGAUGAUCUUCAAAGAGGGAAGGAGGGACAGUCACGGAGGGAUUGAGGAAGGGAGUUCCAGAGUCUGGGGGCCAUGGCGCUGAAAGACCUGCCACCCAGGGUAGAAAGUCUGGUGUAGGGGACGGAGAGGAGAUGUGGUCAGAUGAUCUGAGUGAGUGGGAUGGAGUACAAGGGGUCAGAAGGUCACAGAGGUAAGGAUAGCUAGGGGCAGUGCACCAAACGCAUCCAAAUCACCAUUUUUUUAACCACUAUAAUUUCUCAAAAUAGCACCAAACAUCUGCAGUAGCGUGACUAGGGUCCAUACACAUAAGACGAAGCAUCAACAACUUAGUUAGCGUACCAGGAGUUUAUUUAAAAAGACUAUUACCAGUCUGUGCCUUACCGCUAGGCCCAUGUUUACAGGAAGUCCAUACAAGUCAAUUACCGAAUGCACCGGAGGGUUCCGUUCAAGGAGGAACGAUUUGGAACAUAUAAUUGAUAUAAUUUAUGUUCAUGUUUUGAAACGGAAAUGAAAGGAGUUGCAUAUGCAAGUUACAGACAAAUAGCUAAAGGAGUUGCAUAUGCAAGUUACAGAACAAUAGCUGCUGUCUGGAACUUUUUCCAAACUAUUAUUAAUUUACAUUUGCCCAAACAAUAAAGUACACGUGUUAUUUGUGUUCUUUUUCGAUUUGGAUGCGUUCGGCAAACCGCCCCCCAGCCAAUGCACUGUUAGCCGUUUGGACUGAUAGCGUUGCUCCGGGCAAGCUCUAUACUGGCUGAUCAAUGAAAAACAAUGUCUGGAUGGCUUAUUUGAUCUGUUUUCAUGAAGAAAUACCCUGGGUUCAAUUCUUCGCCAGACUUACACUUUAACUUUAAGCCUAAUUUAAACAGUCUCACAUAAGUUGAGGAUGUUCCAACUGGCAAAGUUAGGGCAAGAUUAAAAAAACAAAACAUUUUCCUAUGUUGUUCGUUUUUUAAUCAAUCACGAUGGUAUAUCAAAGCUUGGGAAAAUCUGAAACCAGAAAAUGCCAUUGCGCCAAAUAUUUAUCAUGUUGUGAUCAUUUUGUUUGCUUAUCACAAUACCUUGAUUUAAAAAGUAUCCCAAAUAGCCAUUUCAAUAUUCAAUGUCAUCCACUGUGAUCAUAGAGUAAUUGUGUUAGAUGGAUGUUAGUGUUAAUACAAAAUAAUUCAAAGCUUUCCAUUAUUUUAGAGAGCCAAAAUAGUCAUUGAAAUGUCAUUUUCAGGACAAUGUUUGGUUCAACGUUUAGAGCCUUAUGACAGAUCAGCAUUUUAAGAACCCUCACAGAAAUCGUAAUAAUAAGCAAUGCUAAAGUAAUCAAAUGUGAAUGCAAAACAAAUUAACGGUGCAUAUUGCACACAACCUCAAUACAAAUACGUUGAAACUGCACAUAAAGAAACCUGCAAAAAAUGAUUGUUUUUUUUAAGAUUUUUAUUUUUUUGGCCUCUACCAUCAUAACGUACUAAAGCAAUUCCACACAGUCAGGAUGAUACUGUAUAAAGGUUACUACUAGAAUUUUUAAGUUAAAUUUCUUAAUUUAGGCAAUGUAGCGAGCAGGACUUUUUUCUAAUUGUGUUGCAUGGGUUUCUGUAAGGAAAAACAAGAGAAAAAAGUUUUUUUAUGAUAUAAAAAGUUCAUGUAAGGUAAAUAAUGUAUUAAGCAUGGAGCAUGAAUUAUUUUCCUAAAACAAAUAGAGAUCCUACAAAAAAAAAAACUGCCUCGAAACAUUGCACUUGGUCAGUGCAAAUUUCUCUCCAAUGGUCUUUUUGACCUUAAUAGUAGAUGAUUUUGCCAUUUUGUUUGCCUGUGUGUGUGUGUCAUGACCACUCUUAUUUGCUUCUUGUGGAACUGAUAUUAAUCAUGAAACUACAAAACAUGUUUUCGGGGGUGUUAUGUUCGCACUUGUUUAGACACAUGGAUGCAGACAAAGCGUUUUGUACUGCUUCUCUGAAAUGGUCUCAGAAGCUCCAACGGCCAUACUGUGACAGGAGCUACAAUGUAGUCAGUGUGCUAGAUUAAAUGUUAACAGAUAAAUGAUUGAGCCCUAUUUUGAAAUAUAUCGAAACAAUAAUUUAUCAUAUAUAGCUAAAUACUUUUGGCCAUGUUGAGUCAAACCUGGGAAGAAAGCUUUCACUAUAACUAGUUGGUCCAGGCCCUAAAUCUGGUGUUUCAUAAAUAUGAAUACAUAUGACUUAUGACUUAUAUUAUUAAAUAUAAAAUGGCUGUCUUCUCUUUAACAGCAUGAUGCCCAUGUCAACAUUAAAGUGUCCACAGUGUCUGCUUGCUAACCAGGUUUCUUGUGGGCAUACUUCCCUUUUCCAAGUGUAUACUGUGAUGUUCUUGUCCCGUUGUUUCAAGUAUGUGAUCAUUUUGUCAAGAUAUCACCUUUCCUUUUCCAGGUUUUUUGGGACAGUAUUACUUUAAUAUGUUUGCCCUGUUGCACAUAAAUAUCAAACAAAUGUAACUUUACUAUUCAACAACAACCUUAUUUAUGAAUGCCUCUGCAUCCUUCCGUCAUAUUGCCAGAUUGUUCAAUGCGAGAUAUGUACAUUCAGUGCCAAAGCCUGGAAUAAUUUUAUAAAACCUGAAAUAGGCUGCACACAUUGACCUGUAUGUUGGACAAAAUUGCCAGUGAGUUGUAGCAUGUCUGUCUGAACCUCUCGUGCAAUGUGUAAUUUACAUAAUAUGUAUUUGUGCCCCACACUACUUGCCGUAUGUUGUAUAUCAGAAUAUUGGGUUUGACAAUAUUCUUGUGAUGUUUAAGGUUUAUAUGCAUAAAUGGUAUUUUGACCAGCAUUUGAUGUGGUAAAAAAUAACAAAAGUCUCCUCGAUAUUUCUCAGAGCAGUACAUUUCAAUCAUGUAUUACACCUUAUUAUAUUAUUUACGCAAAAGUACAUUUAAGAAACCACAUUGAUUGCAAGAGAAGGGCAUGUUCAAGGUGGCUUAUGGUAAAUGAAAGCAACUGUUGUGCCUAACUGAUGCACUGUGCAUUUUGCAUUGGUUACCACUAUUGAUUUGCUGCUGGCUGUGUUAGCUUCGCAAAUUAGCACGAAUAAGAGUUUCAUUAACAGGCUAACAUGGCGGCAGUUUGGAGAUGGCAAUGGUUGUUGGUCUUUCUUAAAACUUGUCUGUUUAUUUGAGUACAUUUAUUAUAUAACUACAUUUUUUAACCUCAAAUCAAAACACCUGUAUUUUGGAAUGUCAAACAUGGCAGUCGUGUCAAAAGUAGUGAUGUUUAUUUCCUGUUAAGGAAAGAAAUAAGGAAAGUAAGCACAUCCUGGUUUCCAACACUUUUGAACUGCUUUUGUAUUUGAAGCAUCAAGGAUGUGAAAAAUUGUUAACGGUUAACCUGCCUCCAUUAUGUGGUUGAGCUUUGACGUGCUUCCCUUAAAGUAAAAACAAAAAAAAGUAUAGUUAAAUAAUGAUUGUCCUUAUCUACCACCCCUAUUUCAGUCAAAACCUUAUUUCAGUUUACUUUUACUACAACAGAAGUUAAGCUGGUCAGUAUGUCAUUGGCAGCAUACCCCACUUUGACCAACUUAUCCCAAAGGUGAAUACAAAUAUUGAAAACACCUAUACACUUAAUUGGAGUUUCAAAUGGCAAACUAGAUAUCACAAAUAGUACAUGUGGAUGUGUAAAAAUUAAGGAUUUCAUUUUAGGGUUAUCCUCUGAUUUGACUUUGCCUGUCUUAAAUAUUUUUUGUCUUCCAUGAAAUCCAAUUUUGCUAUUGUGUUUUUGUACUUCCUGGACAGUAUACACCAUACAAAUGGACUGAUUUGCCAAGUAAUUGAACAUCGGCCAAGUUUUCUAGUUCUAUCCAUUUUUAAGGCGGUCGUAGAGCUAAGCCGUGUCACGUGCUCAAGCAUGACGUGUUUAAUGAAAGUCUACAGUAUUUGUUGCACACUGUGUGGUGCACUAUAUGUCUGUUGCGCUGCCAAAUCAUUGUGUUUUUUCCCAUGUCAAAAACACUUGUCCUGAUGACAUGACCUUCCAAAUUCUCUUUCAAUAAUGGAGACGUACGUUCUGUAUCUUCCUUGCUGACAGAUCAUAUUGCCAAAGACAAACAACCCUCAUUAUUAAAUGUAAUUAUCAUCACUUCAUCACUCUGGAUGUAGGUUUGUUUCUUUGAGUUUUGUCUCCCUGCGUUUCCCCCCCCAGACAAAAAACCAACCAUAUACUUUCUGUGCCGUUUUGUCUUCCAGUUGCAAUAAAAACGA